AUGAGUGCCAAAGCGUUCGUGGUCGGCGCAGAUAGGGAGCUGUCGCCUGGUCGCGUUGAGGCUGGUCCGGUGCCGAAACCGAGUGAUCAGGAACCAGCCAUCGUUCAAGAUGAGGAGGAUCAAAAUCUAUCGCGCAGCUUGCAACAGCGUCACACGCAGAUGAUUGCGAUCGCGGGUGCGGUUGGAACUGGUCUUUUCCUCGGCCUAGGAGGGUCUAUACAGACCGGCGGCCCGCUGGGCGCAUUAUUGGGAUAUUCGCUUGUAGGGCUGGUCGUGUGCGCCAUCCAGAUUGCACUCGGGGAGGUGUCCGCUCUCAUGCCCGUGACUGGCUCAUUUGUUCGCCAUGUCGAGAUUCUAGUUGAUCCGGGGUUGGCGUUUGCGAUCGGUUGGAACGUCGUGUAUGGGGCUUUUAUGUCGGUCCCAAGUGAAAUCGCCGCCUCGGUUGUGUUGAUUCAGUACUGGACGGAUCUCAAUGCCGCUAUUUGGAUCUCGAUUCUGAUUGUGCUAUCGGCAUCGGUCUCUCUCCUUUCGGUCCGAGUGUAUGGUGAGGUAGAGUUCAGUCUUGCGGUGAUCAAAGUGCUUUUGGUGAUUGGUAUCAUCUUGAUGGGACUGGUUAUUGACCUGGGCGGCGUACCCGGCCAAGAAAGAUUGGGGUUUCGAUAUUGGGAGCACCCUGGGCCAUUUGUUGAGUACAUUGCGACUGGAUCCUGGGGUAGCUUUCUGGGGUUCUGGGCCGUCAUGACGAACGCCGUGUAUUCUUUUGCUGGCGUCGAGAGUCUGGCGAUGGCUGCGGCGGAGAUGCGCAACCCACGACAGAAUAUCCCACGGGCGUGCAAAAGAGUUUUUGUGCGAGUCACAUUGUUCUAUUUUCUUGCCGUCCUGAUCGUGGGAAUGCUGGUUCGCAGUGAUGAUCCUCGACUCGGAGAUGAGUCGGGCACUGCGGCACAGAGUCCGUUCGUCAUUGCCGCAGUGCGUGCCGGGAUCAAGGUCGUGCCAUCGAUCAUUAACGCCGGCGUGCUGAGCUCGGCAUGGUCUGCCUCGAACCAAAGUAUGCUCGCGGGUACUCGCACACUGUACGGACUGGCAUUGAAGGGUCAUGCGCCGAAGGUCUUUCUGCGGACGACCAAGCGUGGUGUUCCAUAUGUGUGCUCCGCAUUGCAGAUCACAGUCUCCUGUCUCGCCUAUCUCAGUUGCUCCAGUGGAGCGUAUAAUGUGUUCAAUUGGUUCCUGACGCUGACCUCCGCGGGAGUUCUUAUCUCGUGGAUUACGAUCGCAUUCAAUCACAUCCGGUUGCUGAACGCUUUCAAGGUUCAGAAAGUGUCUCCGCACAAGUUGCCGUGGCACAAUUCUUGGUCUUUGUAUGCCUCUUGGUUCGCAUUGACGAUGUGUUUGAUUUUCUUGCUCACCGGAGGCUUCGUGGUUUUUACACGAGGAAACUGGGAUCCGUCCGGUUUUGUCUCCUCCUAUCUGGACAUACCACUUGUCCUGUCAUUUUACCUGGGCUACAAGUUUAUCAAGAAGACUAAGCUUGUUCCAUUACACGACAUUCCUAUCGGUCAAGCCUUAUAUGAAGCCGAGAAUGACAUUGAGAAUGUCCCGGUUCGAACGAGCAAGUGGUCUCGAUUCAACAUCAUCUGGGGAUAG